UUGUAUCUGUCACUGUCACUUAUUGUCACUUAUCUGUCAUAACCUGUGUUUGUGAGGAAGCGUGUAAUUUUUAAUUUUAUAAAAAUAAUAAAAUAUUAGCAAUUGUUGUGUUUGUUGAACUUAAACAUUUGUUUUAUAUUACUAUUUGUAACUAUGGAAAAUAUGAAUUGUAAUUUCGUCGCACCGACGUGUACGAAUGUUCCUGCCGAAAUUGCUCAAAAUAGUACAAUAUUAGAAGAGGGACCAAGGAUUUGUCCUCUAUGCAAUGCACCAGUGAGACUGUACUAUGUGCACUACACAUCUAAACUAUUUAUGUGUGAAAAUAUAGAGUGCGAGUAUCCAUUUGGUGGUGACUUUACUGUCUACUCCAGUGAUGAUGAUGAUUACUUUUUGUCAGAGUUUGACAGUGCCAGUUUUAAGCGUAAGAGAGGCAGUACCGCAACACAAUCUAUGACGCAAACAAUAACCGGUACUUCAACCGUAGGAACUAAUUCAGAACUGUCAACUUCAGAAUGGUCAGAUAUAAACAGAUUAAACCAAGCAUAUGAUUCAGAUGAAAGUACGACAUUAUCGAAAAUAUUCACCAGAAAAUCGAAUAAACGUAAAACAGAUAGAAAAGCUAAAAAACAAGAGAAUGAACAAAAGAUAAAAGAGAAUGUUGAAAAGAUAAAGGAACUGAAUAAAGUACUGUUUGAAAACGAGGAUGAUGACAUAGAAAUAAUACGUAAUGAGAAAUGGAUUAAGAAUUUGUCCACAAUGCAGUCUUCUACUGGAGCGAAGUUGGUUAAGGAACAAGAACUACUGAAGUUGAAAAGACUUGAACAAAAGCGUGUUCAAGAAUUAAAAAUUGACAUCGAAGCGUCAACCGAUUCCAUGUCUUGUAUUAAAAUUGAAAUUGGUGGUUUGGGAACAAAUAGUAAAACUUAAACAUACUUUUGAUGGUGUCUUAUUGAUACAUUUAGGAAUUUGUUUAUUUUAUUUUUGUAAGAUAUGAUACAUACCUGAUUAUUUAUUAUUGAUCUUUUGUAGUAGUCAGGUUGACAUUCUAAUAUUUUAGUACAAAUUAUGUAUACAAUUUGGCUGAUUUAUGCUUAUUUGAACAGGUGUCUUGUACUUUAGUUUGCUGUGCAAAACGGGCUGUAAAAGGUACGCGUCGACAGGCCCGCAUCGUACGUAUUGCACGCAUCGCACACAACGAAUUUUAGUUUAUCUUGUAUAGAAACUCAUACAACUGCGUCCACUGAUCCGCAUCGUACGGACCGCGUCAUCAGCAAUGCCUACAUGCGAUGCGUAUUGAUGACGUCAGACGGAAUGCGUGCGAUGCGUACGAUGCGGGCCUGUGGACGCUUACCUUAAAACUAACAAUACACAAAAGUACCAUUGUUUUUCUGAUUAUUAGUUUAUACUAUGUAACUGACAGGGAACAUGUAUACAAUGUGAUAGGGGCGAGACUUCUAACCCGUUAAGGCUGAGUUCUACACCUAAUUUUAUCGACAAAAGUCGGGGGUCGAAGUGGUCGAAUCCCCUCCCCUAAAAAUUAUAGCUAUUUUAAUAUUUUUUUUACUUUUUUUGAUAUCAAAGGUUGUAUGCGUCGUAGAAAAAAACGAUAAACGGUAGCUAAUAACCUUGGCUAACUAAUUCAUUACUUUUUUCAUAUGUUUGAUAAUGUUUAGGUGAGAAAAAAAAUCAUUUGUGAAUUAUUUUUACCUAAAAAAUAACUAUUUUUAAAUAUUUUCAAUUAGGGGUUCAACCCCCAUAUUAUUAUUUUUGUCGAUAAAAUUAGAUGUAGUACUCAGCCUUAACGGGUUAGAAGUCCCACGCCUAUCACAUUGUAUAAGGCAUACAUAAUAGGGGCAAUAAGUAGAAAAUUAAUAUCAACGAGUAUAUUUUGUCCAUAAUUAUAAAAGCUAUUUAUAUAGUACCUGUGUUGUGAAACAUAAAAUUAUAAUGUGAUUUUAAAGUUA